UUUUUGAACCUUUGUUGGUAGAAAAGUCGCGAUUUUCAUCAUUUUCUCUCAACACAAGCUCGAUUUAUCUGCCUGAGGAUAAGAUAUGGCUAAGACCCUAUACAAGUUCACUUGGUGAUUUUUUGUGAAAAAUUGCCAUGGCAAGCUAUUCUUCAAAGAAGGGCUUAGGGUCCAGCCCAAAGAAGGACAUCAAAGAAGACAAGUCCGUAACGUAUGAGUUUGAUGGAAAUAUUGACCUCGAAACCUUAAUCAAUGAUGAACUCAACAAUCUGGAUUUGGAGGAAGAGUUCCAAAAGGUGCUUCAGCCUGUGGAGACACAGAUUAAGCAUAUUGAAAGGAGAACUAGGGAUAUAGACAAGAUAUUUGCAGAUGCCACAGAACAAAUGAUGAUCUUCAAGAAGGCAAUUGAAGAACAGCAAUUUGUUGAAAGCAGCUCUGAAUCCUCGUCUGACCAGGAAAUAGUUGUUGAUGACGACGAUGAUGUGCAGUUCAUUACAGCUACAGUUAAUCCAGAGCGUCGAAAGACACAAGGCCAAGCAAUUAAAACAUUGACAUCAGGAGCUAGGCUAGUGAGCAGUGGCCAGCAAGUGGUAAAUGUGUCCUCGGCCCAAGGUUCUGGUACAACACAGUUUGUUCAAGCCAAGUACAUCAGGAUUAUGCCUGGACAAGGACAGCAAGCUUCACAUAUUGAGUCUACUGCUAUUGUCCAAAGAAGGAUACCAUUCUACCGAACUCUAAAACGCCCUAUUCCAAAUGAGUUAGUAUGUGGUAUGAAACUGUUGGGAAAGAAGAUCAAUGACAUUUGGUACAAGGGAACGUUGGUGGAGAUAGGAAGGAAGGAUGCUGAUGAGAAGAAGUAUGUCAUCAAAUUUGAUGGUAAAGGAAAAAAGGCAUUGUCUGGCAAACAGAUAGCUCUCUGGGAUUCAGCUGAGACGAUGAAACUACCACUUGGUACUAGGGUUGUAGCUAUGUACAAAGAUGAGGACGCACUGCCUGCCAUAUCGCACUAUGCUGGGGUUGUAGCUGAACCACCAAGCAUUAGAAAUCUCAACAGGUACCUGAUAUUCUUUGAUGAUGGAUAUGCACAAUACAAUGAACCAAAGACAGUUCACCAAGUUUUUGAACAAAGUUUCAAUGUUUGGGAAGAUAUUCAUCCCGACUCCAGUGAGUUCAUCAAGAGUUAUUUGGAACAGUAUCCAGAGAGGCCAAUGGUCCGUCUACAAAAAGGACAGAUGGUCAAAACGGAAUGGAUGGGCAAGUGGUGGACAGCGCGAGUUGUGGAGGUUGAUGCUAGUCUUGUCAAGAUGUUCUUUGAUGCUGAUAAGAGAACUGAAUGGAUCUACCGUGGGACUACUCGUCUUGAGCCGCUCUAUACAGAACUGGCCAAUGCUGAAUCUCAAAAAGCUCAUGGAAAGGCCCGGCGCCAUACCAUGGGCAUGAAGAGGAGUAAUAAACCUUAUGUAGAGUACACACGCGGUAUGGAUGUCGAGGAUGAAGGAGUCGUGGAGAAGGUGGUACCAUCGACACCCCCGACUCCAAGCAGCCCGAGUGCUGACCCUGGAUUGGCUAUGUAUCAGCCAUCAGGUAUCCAGCAGCAGACAGCAAGAAAAUCUACAGCAUCUCGUGCUGUUGCAAAGAAGAGUACAAUGGGUCGUCAAGUGUCUUACGAGGCGUCAUCUUCCAUCAUCAAGAAGGAAUUUAAACCACAACCUACAUGUACAAUAAAGAAAGAACCCUACUCCUAUUCUCCAAGUUCCAAAGAAAAGUCAAGGAAACUACAAGAUUAUGACGAGGGUGAACAUCAUGGAGAACAGUUUGCCAAACACAUGAGUAAAAUUGCGCCGUUGAGGAAAGAGAGGAAAGCAUUCACGAAACACAGAUGUGGCCGAGACUGUGUCAGGGAUGAAGACGAUCCUUUCAAGUUCAAAGGUCAAAAUCCCCUGCUUAUUCCUAUGCUCUGUGGAUGGGAAAGACAUAUCGCCAAAGUGCGUGCCAGUGGUGGUGGCACGUCAAAGAGACAUGUGUAUUAUCGUGCUCCGUGUGGCCGGACAUUACGAUUGAUUGAAGAGGUCGAUGAGUAUUUAAUCAGAACAGAUUCCAAGGUCACCAUUGAUUGGUUCUGCUACGAUCCAGCAUCUCAUCCGUUUAAUGAAUUUGUCCCUGUCAAGACAUUCUGUGACAUCAAGGACUUGUCAUACGGGAAAGAAAACGUGCCUAUAUCAUGUGUCAACGGGAUCGACCGACAAUACCCAGAAUAUGUAGAGUAUUCAAACCAGCGGUUUCCCGCCAAGGGCGUCAAGUUAAAUCUCGACUCUGAUUUCUUAGUCUGCUGUGAUUGUACCGAUGGAUGUCGGGACAAAUCUAAGUGUGCUUGCUGCCAACUGACUAUCAAUGCAACGCUGGCUCUACCCGGGGUGAAGAUGGGAGACCCAAGUGCGGGGUAUGAAUACAGAAGAAUUAAAGAACCAAAUAUUACUGGCAUUUAUGAGUGUAAUCAAAAAUGUAAAUGUGAUUACCGAUGUGCUAAUCGCGUUGCUCAACACGGCCUACAACAUCGACUGCAGGUGUUCAAGACGGAUAAAAAAGGCUGGGGCCUGCGUUGCCUUGAUGACAUUCCACAGGGCGGCUUCAUCUGUAUAUAUGCUGGCCAGGUGCUUACAGAUGAAGAUGCUAACGAGGAUGGCCAUCAAUAUGGAGAUGAGUAUCUCGCUGAGUUGGAUCACAUCGAGGUUGUAGAGCGGUUCAAGGAGGGUUAUGAGGAGGAUGCCAUCGACCCUGUGGAGUCAGGGGAGGAGGAGGAAGAUGAGGAGAAGGAUGAGAAUGUAUCUGACAGGCACUCUGACAGCACUUAUUCAGCUGGAGGAGGUAGUGAAGGUGGUGAUAGUGGUGUGGCACCAGGACGAUAUUCAACCCGGAAACGAACAAAACGUAAGCAGUCCAAAGAUGAUGAUGCCAAGGGUGUUGGAAAACUGCUCAUUCGUCGUUCAUCAGCAGAAGGAAAGGCAAAAAAUUCAUGGUCUAUUCAGUCAGUUGAGAAUGAACAGCAAACAGCAGAAUGGGUCAGUAAAAUCCCCGACAAAGUCGGCGAUGAUGCCGACGACAGCAAAGACCCUGCAUUUGCAAUGGACACUGAUGAAUUACCCGACUUGGUGCCAGGGUCUGGAAAAUCAAGUGGAAAAAAGGAUGGAAUCUCAGGAUUAAGAAUAACAGAACCGACGUCCUUGAACACAGACAACAUUGACUCGGAUGACUCGGAUGAAUCACCAAUGGCACUCAAGAGGACCAAAGCAGAAAUUUCAAGGUUUUCCAAUUUGCCGGAUCCCAAAAAUAAGACGUCGGGAGGAAAGCAAAAAGACACCAAGUCCAAUGAUGACAACGAGUAUUCAACGCAGGGCCUUCGCAGUUACUUUGGGGAGGAGUUCUGUUAUAUCAUGGAUGCAAAGUCUAUAGGAAAUAUUGGACGAUAUUUAAAUCAUAGCUGUACACCAAACGUUUUUGUCCAGAACGUGUUUGUUGACACUCAUGAUCUCAGGUUCCCUUGGGUGGCAUUCUUUGCAUUAACUUAUAUUCGUGCUGGCACAGAAAUGACAUGGGACUACAAUUACGAAGUGGGAAGUGUGCCAGGGAAGGUGCUGUACUGUUACUGUGGCUCAGCGGACUGUCGAGGAAGAUUAUUGUGAAUGCUAGUCUACCACGCAAUAUGGCUGGAAGGAUUGUUGUAAUGGGGUAGCAGGCUUUUGAUACAUGUAAAUCCCUGUUGAUGGUGCACUGAGGUGUGUACCUCUUCAGGGCCUUGGCAAACUGUGGGAGUGGGAAGUUCGAUGAAUGCUGUAUUUUCAUAAUACAUGUAUUCAUGCGUCCAGGUCAGAUCAUUGAUGUUGAAAUAUCCUCUGGCACUUUGUUGUAAUUCUCAUGUCCAAAGUCAUAUUUAUUUGUCAGUGUUUGAGUUGUUGUUACAUAUGUUUUAUGUACUAUGUCCCAAAUUCACAACAAAUUCAUCUACAUGUAUGAGUGUUCAACUCAACUGUCCAUGUUUGGAAUAUUUUGAAUCUGUCUCCUAAAUUUUGACUGUUGUACCCCUUGAUGUCCAAGUUGUGACAGAAGUGUUCAGCAUUGUGUGGAGAUAAUAUGAGGUUAUCUUGAUCUAAAAUGCUGGUGGUUGCCAUAAAAUUCACAGACAGAGGAGACUCGUCCAGUCAGUCUGGCCGAUGAGUAGGUCCAACCUUGGGCAAGCCAGUCCGAGAUCAAACCUUAGUUGAAUGAUUGGAUCAACUAAACCUUGACCUGACAAUGGUUGGGUUUCCUGUUCCACCUCUAAAUAUUAAGACAGAGAAAAUAUGUUGACUUUGCUGCUAAAUGUAUCAUGAAUAUUGUCAUUCUUAUGAAAAUGCACCAUCAUGUGUAAAGAUUCCAUGAAAUAAA